GCUGCUUAAGAACAGUUGUUUCGCACGACACAAGAGAUAGCAUUCACACUGAGCACAUCCACAGAGAUGAUUCCAAAAAAAAGUAAAGCUUUGCUUGUUUCAAUGACUGACUUUCACCCAGGCAUCAAGUCAAAACUUCGUCCAAGGAAGGGUGCAAAAAAGGAUACAGAAAAGCUGCACCGUGCUCUUACAGAGCUAAACUACAAAGUAGAAUUGCAUCUGGAUUUAGAUGCUAAGGAAAUCCUAGAAUUGUACAAAAGAGUGGCUACAGAUGAACAUGGCGAGUACUUUGUGACAGUUAUUUCUAGCCAUGGAGAGAAUGGCUUCAUAUAUGGUUACGAUGGAGAAGCAGUGAGACUUGCAGACAUUUUUACAAUGUUCGACCCAGCCAGGUGUCCACAGCUUGCAAACAAGCCCAAGAUUUUCUUCAUCCAGGCAUGUCGUGGUUCAGAUCUGGAUGAUGGUGUGGAAGUGGAAACAGACAGUGUCCUGCCGCAGGAAGAAGACACUUUUCUCCAGUAUUUGGCGAUUCCAAUAGACACUGCUGUUAUGUUUGCUGCUAGCCCAGGCUAUGCUGCAUUUCAGAAUCUUGCAGGCUCUGUUUUCCUUCAAACACUCUGGAAACUGCUGAGAGGAGAGGAAAGGCACCUGGAGCUCUUGCAGCUAAUGACUCGCAUUAACUAUUUUGUUGCCUAUGAGUUCGAGGCUCGUGGGGAGUACAGUGGUAAAAAGGAGAUGCCUUGUUUUGUGACAAAAAUGAUCCAAAAUGUUUUCCCAUUCUCUAAUAAAACUAAAGAUGAAUUGAUGGGGCUACUAAAAGCCUGAGACUACAACUUGACUUUAAAGUAGCAUCUACAAAAGACGUGAAGAGUAAUACAGUGUUUUUAUGAAUGCAGCAUACCAAGUCAGCAAUAAGGUUAUGUGUUAUACAAUAUAUUGCAUGGUUUGUGGUGGGUGAGGCACAAGUUUAAUAACCAAGUACAUCAUAACCCUUCAAGCUGCACAUUAGAGGUGUUUUGGAGUGCCUUCUUGUGCCUGAGAAUUGGGCCAGGUAUUAGACAAUCCUGCUGCAUGUUUACGGCUAACCUGCUGAAAAUGUAUGGUCAUUUCAUACAGACUAUGAACCUACACUGGCAGAAAUUAUUCACAGAUGUUUACAGUCACUAACAUAUCUACCUCUGUUCAUGUAUAUUAACCAGAUCUUACAGAUGUUGCACAUAAUCAUUGUACAAAUAACAUUUCUGGGGGGUAUGGGGGUGCAAAGGGUCUUAUCACCUACAAAACAAUUUCCUUUGUACUGUAUGUUCUGAGGGUUAAGUUCCAAGCAUGCCCUGUAGGGUGUCAUUGUGUUUACGUAAAUGUAAGUGUAUCAAUGUUAAACAUGUCAAAAUUUCUGUGGAUUGACUAUACGUAGUAAAUCUCUCUCUCUCUCUCUCUCUAUAUAUAUAUAUAUAUAUAUAUAUAUAUAUAUAUAUAUAUAUAU